GCAGCUCCAGGCUACCACAUGGCAAAAAAGAUUAUAAGAUUGAUCACAGCCAUUGGAGAAAUUAUCAAUAAUGACCCCUACAUAGGAGAUAGACUCAAAGUCAUAUUCUUGGAAAACUACAGAGUGUCUCUUGCUGAAAAAGUGAUUCCUGCUUCAGAUCUAUCUGAACAGAUAUCUACGGCUGGGACUGAAGCUUCAGGGACAGGAAACAUGAAAUUCAUGCUGAAUGGAGCCCUCACUAUUGGGACCAUGGAUGGGGCCAAUGUGGAAAUGGCUGAAGAAGCUGGCGAUGAUAAUCUGUUCAUUUUUGGCAUGCGGGUGGAUGACGUAGAAGCAAUGGAUAAGAAAGGGUACAAUGCUAAGGAAUACUACGACAGAAUUCCAGAGCUCAAGCAAGCUAUUGAUCAAAUAAACAAUGGCUUCUUCUCACCAAAUGAUCCUAGUUGUUUCCACGAUGUUGUCAACAUGUUGAUGUAUCAUGACAGGUUUAAAGUAUUUGCUGACUAUGAAGCCUACAUCAAAUCUCAAGGGCAAGUGGACCAACUAUACAUGAAUCCUAGGGAAUGGACUAAAAAGGUAAUUAAGAACAUUGCAUGCUCUGGCAAGUUUUCCAGUGACAGGACAAUUACUGAAUAUGCCAGAGAGAUCUGGGGAGUGGAACCUUCUGCUGUGAAAAUUCCUCCUCCAAACAUACCUAGGGAGUAAGUCUGCCACUAGAAGGUGCAUGCAAUUACCCUGAUGGGCUUCCUGCUGCUGCUACUACUGCUAAGACGUACCUGCUUCCCUGUGACUUUUCUGCAGAUGAAUUCAAUCAUGUAUUUUACCACACUUUGGCUUGUUUCCUCUUUAUAAGCAUAUAGCUGAAAUGAGAGCAGCUGGUGCUUCAGAUAGUAAGAAAUAGUUGACCAAAACUUAUACUCUGUCAUAAGAUUCAAGACCAAAACAGAAAGUUUAAGCAAAAAAAAAAUGUUCUAAUCUUGCCCUCUUUUAAAAAUCCAGGAUACCAAUGAGGUUUAUAGGUAUCCAUCUAUUAUAUGCUGAAGGGCACUUCAGGUCCCCAAACUUGUUAAUUCCUAUGGCAGUACCCAAUUGGUCAAAUCAGAAGGUGCCUACAAAGUCCGGAACUGAAUGGAAAAUGUGAUUCCACAGGGAUAAUAUGUGUUGCCUUCUGGAAUGGAACAUGGAAGCUACACUGGAACCGUUCUGUAACCAAGGAGAAUCCUUUCCCCUCAUAAGUCAUCUUGAAGUCACCUCUGUCUUAAUUGCAGUGGUGUCUGCAGCAAAUUGAGGUUGAAUCAAAAUGACACAUACAUGGUGGCAUCAUGACACAAACAUAGGUACUUGUAUUCUGAUGACACCCACGAAUGUCCAGUUGUGGAUUUAGCAUUCUGUUGCAUGUUUUAUUCCUUCUCCCUCUUCCUCUCCCCUCCACACUUAGGCUCAUUAGGAGUACCAUUGCUGAUCUCCAGGACAGUUCCAGAAUCAUUCUAAGUGACCGAUCACAAAUGGAAAAAUCCGGAUACUUUUUCCUAUAGGGAGAAGUUGUUCAAAGUGAGUUAAAGGCACCAAAGAACCUGCUUGCUUUCCUCUAAAAUGAGAAUUCCCGAACAACCUGUGAGCCAUAAAGUUAGCAUCCAGUCUAUUGCCCUCAAGAUGCAUUAAGACUGCCCAGUUAGCCCGAAUUAAGUCAAAUUACUGGUCAUAUUUUGUGAUCUGAUGGAUUCUGGAUAGUUUUCAGAGCAAGUGGCAGUAGAUAAAAAAAUUAAGACAUUUGCUUAGCUUCAUGGUAGAUUGCUAAGCUUUGCUUUAGGAACUAGACUUUAUCUGUGUAUAUUUCAAAUUGUGCAGCUACAUGGAUUAUUUAAAACAAUCUUAUAUAAAGAGCAGGCACUGAAAUAUCUGUCACUUCUCAUACUGAAACCACUCCAUCCAGAGUUUUUCUUGAGUCAGUGUUGUCUCUAGAGGUCACCUUUUUAGUAUUUAAAAGAAUAUUGGGAAACCCCCAUGAAUUUUAACUUCAGGCAAUAACAUCACGAUUUUGAGAUCUAUCAGGUCCUCUAGCCUGGGUUGCCAAAUAAAUAAUUUUUCUACAUAUGCUGAGGAAAUUGACUAUAUUUUAGAGCCCAAUCAAUUCUUAAAUGGCAACUUUAUCUGUAAAUGACCAGAAUGGAAAUGAAUGUAUAUCCUAUAGGCUUUCAGAACCAAAACAUUAAACAAACAUGCUCUUUUCCUUUUCAGACUUCUUAGUAGAGGCAUUAUCAAUCUAAUACUAAGUCAAAGAAGUAAUGAAUAUAAUCUACAAAGUAUUCCUUCUCUAAGCUGAUGCCCUCCAAAUAUCCUGUGGUAGCAACUCCCCACUGUCAGGGAGUUAUAUAGGAGCAGGAGGCCAGAAACAGCUGCCUAAUCUCUCCCUAGAUUAAUUUUUAGGGUCGUCCCAUACGGAUGAGCAAUACAACUUCAUCUAUCAAAUGUAGGAAACAGUGACCACAGUUUUCUGAAUAGACAGCAAAUUAAUAUGCAAUAAUAGCAUCCCUCAUUUAACAGGAGAAAGACUUUGUCAAAAACAGGUGACAGUUUUGUCAGAGCUGACACUGAUCAUCUGUUGAGAAGUUAGGACACAGAGCAGAUGCAGAUCAAUAUCAAUCAAUCAAUAGCAGAUUUAUAUACCACUUCAUGGUGCUUUACAGCCCUCUCUAAGCGGUUUACAGAGU